AUGGCCAAGAAUAAGCGGUCUACGGAAAACUCUUGUGUCACAAAGAUCCCCUUCACGGCUAGUGACUAUUCGAGUCUGGUCUCUUCAGCAUCGGCGAAGGCUACGGCUACUAUGACAGGGCCUUCGACUAAUGAGGCGUCGAGCACGAGUUCGGGAUCAGCAAGUCCAACCACCAACGCGGCUAUGCCGGUUGCUACGGCUGAAGGGAUUGUGCUUAGUGGUGCCGCGGUUGCUGUCGCUCUCUUUAUGCUAUGA